AUAUGACAGUAAAGGAAGAUGCUUCAAUGCUAAACAAGCCAUCUUUCCACCAUCUUACUGAGUAAGGUAUAAAAUAUGACGGAGCGUGCUGUUGUAAGAUCAACUACAGGGGAAUGACGUAGCCCAACACAAAAGGGGAGUUACUAAUGCCACCAUGAAAAUUGAUUAUUGUCAUAGAGCACCAUGUCUUUUUCAUCUUAUACCACCAACCUCUAUUUUUUUCCUCUCUUGAAGUUAAAAACACAGCUUGUCAUGUUACCGGGAAACCCAAGAAGAGUAAACUUCUCUGUCCUGAAGAUGUCAAAAACAAAGUUUGGAGACUCGUUCCACCAUAUAAUUCCCUCUAAGUUGUUACUAUAGUAACAUUGCACUAAUAUAAACCUGUGAUUUGCCUUGCAGCCUGAACUGACAUCCGAGUCAUGCUGUUUAACAAAACCAGCAUCUUCUGCCCAAUCAAAACCGAUUGGAUCCGAUUGGAUAUCAGUCCAGAACUGGAAGCCGGUACUGACCCUGAUGCUGAUACUCAGUAUCUGAGCAGAGCAAGGCCACUUCUAGUAGUUGUAUCUACACAAAAUGCACAUGCAAGGCCACCUUCUUGCAAACCUGUCCCUCAUGACAUGGAUAAAACCACGUGGAAUGCUUCAGUAAGUCUUUGAAAAUAGAUUUGGGGUGCAAUUGAUUAUUUUUUUAAAUGUAGCCUGCUUACUGAAGAUGAUCUCUGAUCUCAGACAGCCUGUGCAGCAUUCCUGUCGAUUUCACGCACAAUUUAAAUUUCACAUUCAAAGCCUCCAUAAAACCCCAGUCCAGCAGAUGGUAAGCUUUUUAAGGCUUACUCUCAGCCUGGGAAAGUGCACAAAUCACUAAGCUCUAACAAACACACACACACCUGGACACAUCUGGCCACCGAGCGGGUAAGUAACGCGCGGACAGGUAUGGACCACGUGGUUACUUAGCAACAAGGGGAAAAGUCUGGGUUGCUAAGAAACAGCCGCCUUACUACCACGUCGAGAGACGCAGGAUGCGCACAUGUUCAGUAGUAAAGCAAAAAAAUAAAAAAAAAUCCUGAGAGAAAUCAGAGAUCAGGGAUAUGCACGGGACGAGUUUUCCUUUUAGUCGACAUAUGCAAGAUGUUCUGUAAAAAAAAAAAAAAAAAAAUGCAACUUGAGUCAAAUGAGUGAAUUAGUGCAAAAGCACUAAUAUGCAUCAUGCAUAUUAGUACAAAAGCACUAAUAUGCAUCAUGCAUAUUGUCAAGUAAAUGCAAUAUUUCAGUGGCACGUGCAUAUUUGUUCAUAUGCAUAUAAGUCAUGUGCAUAUAAGACAGCUCUCGCGCUCUUAACAACUGCAUUGACAUAUCUUAUUAUUAUGUCAUAUCGCACGCAGAGAGCAUCUACACCCGGAGGGAGGGAGACACGGACGGAGAGAGCUUGCUGACUGACCAACAUGCAUUUUUUUUUUUUUUUUUUUUUGGAGCUUUAGCAAAUCAGUCUGCGUAUAAGCGCGCGCGCUCACCGACGCUCUGGGUGAGCUGCAAGGUUACAAUCGCGUGCGCACUUUUGUGUUUUUUUCCCCUUGGUGCGCGAGCAUCGAGGGGGGACCUGUUGUUUUUAUUUAUUUAUUUUAUUUUAUUUAUUUAUUUAUUUUUGUAUGGGGGUAUGGGGGGGAGCUGCACCACCAGAAACAGGAGGAUGUCCCUUCCGGAGCCUUACUGCUGCUGUUGGAGGCACCUGGAAUGCCUGCGCAUUGGAGGAGUCGGGAGCCAAAAGUCGUGAAAAGUCGGUUGGUCGGUUUGUUCCUCGUGGCGCAGAAUCGAGCUUCCUACCUGCCGUCGAGGGAAAGUAUCACGAGGGUCCCAGGUUUAGUCGUCCUAUGAAUGGGGCUGUGCUGCGCCCAGCUCAGCUCCCCGUGCCCUGGUCAGGACUAUGCAGGGCCCUGGUACCCUCCUGAAUGCACUGGCCAGCGGUUUGCGAGAGCAGGGAGGGCGGUGGGGCCCACCGAGGCCGAGGUGGACGCGGUGCUAUGCCCCCUCCAUUCCGGAUAGCGGUGCUGGGCGCACAGGGUGUGGGCAAGACAGCUAUUGUGCAGCGCUUCCUCCACGAUGACUACAGUGACGCGGCCUCGUCAAGCCGCACACGCCGGGUGCAUCUGUCUGCCGCUGUGCUCAACGGCCACGUGCAUGACCUGCAGAUCACCGACUACCCGGCCAUCAGCAGCUUCCCCGGCAGCUCCCUCCAGGAGUGGUCAGACGUUUGUUGUCGAGGCAUUCGCAGUGCCCAUGUCUACAUCCUGGUUUACGACAUCUGCUGCUUCGACAGCUUCGAGUACGUCAAGACUAUGCGCCAGCAGAUCCUGGAGACCCGGGUCAUGGGCGCAACAGACACACCAAUCCUGAUCGUAGGCAACAAGCGCGAUCUUCAGCGAGGCCGAGUCAUCCCACGCCACAACGUCUCGGACUUGGUGCGCAAGAGCUGGAAGUGCGGCUAUGUGGAAUGCUCGGCCAAGUUCAACUGGCACAUUUUGCUGCUGUUUGGUGAGGCUCUGCGGAGCGUGGGCUGCGCCCGCUGCAAACACGUGCACGCAACUGUACGCUUUCAGAGAGCGCUGAGAAGAGAGCGCUGCGCUCUCAUGUGAGGUGCGAGCUUGUCACGAUGCCUCACUUGGUUCGAAAAGAAACCCAGUUAUAGCUGUGAUAAUGAGCUCGGGUUGCCUUCUAGCCAAGGAAUCCUGUCGUGGAUGUUUCACUGAGGAGAAAUGUGUCCUCUGUUCACACAAACUGCUUUCUGAUGCCAAGAGGAAUCCUCAGAUGCUGUUUGUCCAGGAAACAGGCUGACUGAAAUGUCUCAAUGACGACUGAAGCCUCAAAAAAAUCAGCUUUAAUAUCAUGUUGCUGAAAUGCAAAUAAUGUGUUUAUGCUGGGACUGCUUUAAGAAGCCCAUUUCUGCUUUUUAUCUCGGGCAUACACUGAUGAAUCUUCCACUUCUCUUGAGUAAAAGUGCAUCUUUCUCUCA